GAAAAUGUAGGGGGGGCGAAAAUCCUGGGACACCGGUAUAUCGGUAAGUUUUUUUGGUUUUAUUUUAGUUUAUAUAUUGUUUUAUAGCGGUCAAAUAUCAUUGCUGUAUGUGUGUUUUGAAGUCGGCUUCGAUGUACGGUGUUUUAAUAUAUAUAUGUAUUUAGUUUUAUAUAUUAAACACGCACUUUAUAAAUGUCACUGUACUUACUGAAUUAUCUAUAUGGCUCCUAAACAUAAAUAUAUCAGUAUAUGUGGAUAUUGUAUGUUAUAUUCGUUUAUUCUUGAUCUUUCGUGAGUACGCCCAGAACAUUCGAGUGUUCGGAAAUAUUGCCAUGUCAUCCAACAUAUUUGAAAUAUUUAAUCAAAUAAUUUUGCACAAAACUAUAUUUUAAAGCGCUUUACUACAGAUAUAUUAAAAGUUAUAGCUUUAAGAUAGUUCAGUUGUCAUUUAAUGAGUAAUUUUCUUGCAAUUUUGUGGAAUGCGAUGUUCAGUUGUCAUUUAACAAGUAAUUUUCUUGCAAUUUUGCGAUCUCUCGACAAUGUUUACAAUAAAAGCUGCUGAGUCACGAGGACCGUUCAAAAUUUUUCUCUAUUGAAAAAUAACACAAAACCGUCGUCUCCUUUUGCAAUACCGAACGUUCUAUAUGACACAAAAACGAUCUAAAAUACUUUAGUUAAACUAAAAGUACUGUAUAGUACCUUUGAACAACUGAAUAGAGUUAUAUAACAUUUGAAAUGCUUGAACUUUUUGAUCUCCUGGGCCAGGGGAAAGAAUAUUGUAUUGCGGAAUUAUUUUGCGGAAGGAAAACAAAAAAUAAAACUUGCGAAAUAUUUGGGUAUUUGGAAUUUUUUAAAUAUCCAAAAGAUUUUGGACCUGAAAUGUUUAAUCCAUUACAGUAAUUACAACAACUUUCCCCUUGAAGAAGCUUUCGUUCAACAUAAAAUAGUCUGUGCUAACAAGGUACAGUGCACAUGAGGGGACAAUUGUGUUAACAAAAAACAUGGCAAAUAAUUUGGUUAGUCAUUUGAGUGGCAGUAUACACUCUCCUUGAUGCGUAAAAUGGUCUGGUGUUAUUAAGACAGUGUAAGAUAAUAAAGCUGGGCUCAUGAGGGUGCAUUGCCACUCAUUAAUUUCUUCUUUGUUAUAUAUAUAUAAACAAAAUUCCCAAUAUUCUAAUUCAAACAUGAUGAAGUUGAAAACAACUGGCUUGAUUAUUGCUAAUCGGUUCUUCUGUUUUGUAGGUAUAUAUAGCAAUUAUUUUAGUGCUAUGUGCUUCUGUAUGUAGUAGCAUACAAUGUGAUCUGGCAAAAGAAUAUCAACUUGUACGAAAUAAGACGUCCAGAGAAAUUUUGAACUGUCCUAAAUGUACGGCUUGUAAACCUGGAUUUGAACCAGAACCACCAUGUGGUUCAGUUGUUGUUGUUACAGAUGAACUUCGAAUUUGCAACCCUUGCAAAGAUGGUUCCUACUCAGCAAAUGAAGAUAUGCUCCAAUGUCAACAGUGUCAAAGUGCAACAUGUUUCACACAUCAGAUAGUCAUGGGGAUAUGUAAGAAAGAUAAACCUGAUACUUCGCGUUGCACUGGUUGUCAAAAAGGCUAUGUUAUGAACACCGGUGCAACAGCAUGCGUGGUGGACAAACAGCAGAAGACAACUGAGUCUGACCUGUCAACUGUUACAACAAAGGGUCCAACUCCAUCAAAUAAAACUGAUGGAGAAACUGGGUUGUCAGUUCCAAAAACUGGGUUGUCAGUUGUAGAAAUCAUUGUCAUUGUUAUUUGUUCAGUGGUACUCAUUGUAGUAAUUAUUGGCCUAUGUUUGUACUGUAAUUCCAGAAACUCAAGGCACAUUCAGAGAGGUAAUUUAUCUGAUUAUUUAUUAAAUAAGUUUUUCUUAUAAUUUGUUAAUUCAAAAGAAAUUAAUUGUGUGCCAUGAUUUUGUUUUGGUAUCAUAUAUGAAUAUUCAUCUUAGGUAAAAUCGAUGAGGAAAGCAGUUCAGCAAAUACUAGUACAACACUAUUGAAUGAAACCAAGAAUGAAGGAAAUCGAACAAUAAUCCUGCAAGGUAAUUAUGUGUUGAUUUAUGUGUUCCCUUUAGAUAUAAGCUUUGUGUUCUUCCAGUUUUAUGACGUGUUUAUUUUUGCACAAAUGUAGAAGAAGAUCACCACAUUGGUUUAUUUCUGUCAGAUGGAAUCCAUGUCAAGGAAACAACAGCAGGAUUUGGUAUCUCAUCAACUGUCCUGUUCUGAUAUUGAAUUUGUGUUUUAUUCUUGUCAUUCUAUUCAAAUCUAACUAUAGAAUUUUGUUUCCAUACAUUUAGUUGAUUCAAGCCAAUCAAACAAUGCAGGAAAUGAUGUCAGUGGUACAGUUGUGGGCUAUACACCACCUCUCAAUAAUUUUGUGGCGAACAAUGGGCGAGGUAAAUGUCAGUUAUGUAUUGAUAUUUCCAAUAUUUUUAAAAUGAAAAAGUUUGGAACGGUGUAAAUUUAUAUGUUAUUGUAGCAAUGCCACCAGCAUCAUUAAUGCAAAACAGACGACCAGAACAUGCAUUGAUGCAAAACAACAGUCAGCCAGAAUCAUUGAUUCUACAAAGAGCACCUGCUGCAGUCACCCCAAAUUAUCUCCAAGUUAAUGAUCCACAUCUUACAAGGUUUGGUGGUCUUUCAUUCCAAACAUAUGACGAAAUAUGUGUAACAUUUGAUGCUGGUCCACCAGGAAAAGAUUGGAGAGCCCUGGCUGGCUGGCUUGUCUUAAAAGUUGAAGUUGUUGAUCAAAUUGGAAUGAAGGAAGACAAAACGAAUCAAGUAAUUAAAACAUGGGCAGUGAAAACUAAAAACACUGUAGCUAGGUUUGUUCAAAUUUUGGAAGAGGAAAAACAUGGAAUGACAUACUUGGCUGACAAGAUUAAAGCAGAACUUAAUAUUGCAGCAUAAGUAUUUAAGUUGUUGAUGCAAUUGCCAAUUCCAAGGCACCAUCGAGGUUCUCAUCAAUGUUCCAGAAUUCUAACCAAUAUCCACAGUUAUAAUUUGCGAGGUUCAAAUUCCAUCUCUUUUUCUGCCACGACCAAAUACCGAGUAUGGCAGAAAAUGUUCAGUUUCGAUAUAGUGGGGUUAAAAUCUGGAAUAGCAUUCCUAAGAAACAGCAAAUCUUUAAAUUCUUUUAAUAGAAAUAUUUCCUCUGUUAAUCUGACGAAUUAGCUAUUUGACUACUUGUACCAUUUGUUUUGUAAUAUGUAUUUUAUAUUCGUAGUUCUUAGUAUUAUUAGUGAUUUUGUAUUUUAUAUAUUUUUGUAUAAUGUAUUUAAUAAUUUAUCUACGCCCCACUUAAUGAAAAGCAGCUCCGGUUGAAGUGGCCAUCGUAGUCAAAUAAAGUUUUAUCUUAUCUUAUCUUAUCUUAUCUUAAGCAUAUGUAAUUGUGAUUAGAAUGUCCAUGUAUUUCUUUAACCAGAAGACUGCUUUACAUACUGCUUUACAUACUUGAUAGAGAUACAACUACCUGAAAUAUACAAGGAGAUCUUUGAUGUUUUGAGUGAAGGCCCUUUCAUUACUAACUUCCAGACAAAUUAGACCUUUGCUUGAAAUGGCCAAGUUCUCCUUGCUUUACAUACAGUACACAAAAGACAAGAUUGAUCCAGACUUAGUGACCAUGACUUGGUUAUGACUGCAAUCAAGUGGAAGCCAGGCGCUUUAUCCUAUAUUGACACAAGCAUAUCUGGUAUCUAGGAAAUAUUUUACACAAGGCUUAUUUUAUUUUUUAUCAGUCAUUUUUAACGUUUAGGCCUGUUUUAAUUAUACGUCGAAUUUCGGUCGCGUCGAAUGCAAUUCAUGAACUUUCUUGAACUUGCCAAUGAAUUUUUUUUUCUUGAACAAUGAAUGAACUUUCUUCGCAGUUUCUAUAAACGAUCAUGUAAAUAUUAGUUUAUAGACUAGGCAAUGAAAUUGUUUUCAAUUGACAAUUAAAUUAAUUGGGUAGCAACCAGCAUAUUUUGUAAAUACUGUGUUAAUCACUAACAGGAUAUUACGUGUGUAUGUAAAUUUAAUGAGCCGGCAAAUUUCUUUUUCAAAUUGAAUAUUUAUUAUACAAAAAAAGGUUGAAAACUUGGCCAAAUAAAUUAGCUGCAUCUGAAAAGCUUCUAGCCAAAUGGUAAUAUCUUUUCUUAUGUAGAAAUAUGUCCUAUAAAUCUGAUUGUAGCAAAAAAUUUAG